UCACAACCCCAUCUGAUGAUUCAAAAAAAAUUUCUUCAAUUAAAGCAAUUGAAAUUUGAUUAAAUUAAAUUAAAUUUUCAUUAAAAUAUUGAAUAAUGUUAUGUCAAAUAUUAUCAAAAUGUUGCCAGCAACGUUUACGAAUUAUUAUAUUCAACAAUCAUAAUCAUCAAUCAUCGUUCAUAUCAUCGACACAAUAUUUUUCAACAACAAAAAUUGGUACCGAAAAUGUGCCAGGAAAAUCUGUUUGGAAAUCAUCGCCGAAUCCAAAACCACCAACCACAGAUCGAACAAAAUUGGAUCGUAGUGAAUUACUUAAAUCAUUGGAUAAAGAUUUUAGCCAUGUAAAAGAAGAAAUGACAUUAUUCGAAAUAGUAAAUCGUGGUACAUAUCGAGGAUAUUUUAUUGCAAUCAUUGCCAAUUGCCUAUUCUGGAUAUUUUGUGCCAAUAUCCUAUAUAAAUUCUAUUCAUUCAUAGGAAAACGAGAAAAAGUUAUCGAACGACAACAACUUUUUGAACAAACUAAACAUCAAAUGAAAAAUGGGGAUCGAAUAAUGGAGUAUUUGUCCGUCUAUGGUUAUCAAAUAUUGACCAAAUGGGCAUUUAUGGCCAUCGGUGUUGGAUCGACAGCAUUGCUUUUCUUUCUACUUACACGAUGUGUUGCAUUCAUACGUUUAAUGCCCGGUGGCCAAAAGAUCAAAGUCGGUCUAAUCAAUUGGAAUGGUGGUUUCCAAUCGGAACAACGUGCACAAACAUUCAAUAUAGCCGAUGUUACUACUCGUGAACAUCGACUAGAUCGAUGUUAUUAUAUAUCAAUGAAAGUGAAAAAUCGUAAAUCAGCAUUAUUGAUCGAUAAUACAAACGGAAAUUUUCCCAAUGAAACAAUUUAUGAUUUAACUGUCGGUGUACGACGAACAUUUUGAGUUUGAGUUUUAUUUGUGUUUAAAAAUAUAAAUGUUGUAAAUAUAAAAUAUAUAUUUAUUUUUUCGAAUAAAAUCCAUCUAGCGCCAAAAGAAA